CUUAGGUUAGGGAAACCACUCACAAGGCACAGCUUUCGAGAGCGACCCACAGAAUUGUCAACUGUACCUACAGGCAUUCAGACACACGACACUGGCCAAACAUGACACUCACGACAGUAAAAGAUUAAGCAGGGGACCCAUUACCGGGAGGAAACAGCCUUUCCGCGGCUGUCUGUCCCUGAGCAAACUAAAAGAGAGGGUUCUGGUCCAGCAGAACAGCAACAGAGGAGGCGGCUUACCUGUAUACCUUAAGUAAGUACUACCCUUUGACCCUCCAUUAAGGUACUGCCACUGUGACCUGACCUCCACUUACUGUGUUGUUCUGUCCUGUACUGUGCCAUCCCCUUAGGUAGGUACCUCGCGGAGUGAAGGUUCAGUCCCCAAGCCUCAACCACCAAUUCGACUACCACCAAAUCCUCGUCGCUCAUCGUCUCGACUCUCCCUUCCAACCACGACUCAAACCCUCCUUUUCCGCAUUCGCUCCAUGCUCUUAUUGCCCAUUGCAAGGCAAUUUUAACGGCACGCGAGCUGGACGACGCUCUAGAUCAUUGUAUCUGGGUUUUUUUUUUCUGUCUCUAGAGACCUCGCGAGGUAAAGCCACUCGAAGCCCCUCGUCUUUAACUUUCUUCGCCCGUUUUCCUGACAGCGUUUUCGUUGGAGCCGCCUUUUCGCUUCUCCUCACACAACUGCUCGGCUUGGCCUCCCUACUAUUUCGCUCUCUCUUUUUUUAUUUUUUUAUUUUUUAACUCCCAAGCACACAACGCUCACCGGAAUUCUAUCUAGUGGAUCAGAAACGGCUCUACAUAUGAAUGUAUGCAUACAGUUACUAACCUUCUCAGCAUUGAGUCAGAAGUGAGCGUUUGGCAAGUUUACUAUAGCUUUGGCCUUGGCCCAGCAGACUCAGCCCAGCUCCAUAAGGUAGUCACCGUAUCGCCCGACUAUUGUAUUGAUCUCCUCAAGCGUUAUCGCAAAGUAAGUCGUUGCAUUAUACCCAUCUCUCCCCCUCUACCAAGUCGAUUUGGUAUUUCCCCUUAUCGAGCAUCCCCAAACCCCACGAUUGUCGUGUAAUCCACUGUCGUCACGUCAUAGUAUCAGGACGUGGCCUCUAAUGAUACACUGCUGAGCUCUUUUCUCCCUGCCAUUUACGUCUGAGCAGAGAGACUUCAUAGCCCUUGGAAGGCUAACAUCUGCGUCUAUUUAGAAUCACGAAGUCGCUUCCCGUCCUUCUGCGAUCCCAAACGAAACACCCACAAUCAUCCCACAUCGUCACUUGAGCUUCUUUCUGGUUACCUGAAUGGUGGCCGAGCUUCGUAAAACUUGACUCUCUUUUAAGAAUUUACAUAACGACUGGAGCAUUUUUGAAUAUGCCCGUUCCGAAGAAGGAUGGAAUAGCUGGUGGGGGGUCUGGGGGCAAACAAAAUGGAGGCCGGGCUGCAUUCCGAACCGAUACUGCCAUCUCCAAAAAUCGAUUCGGUAACGAGCGGGUUCUUCAACCUUGGGUCCCCGAUUCGAACGAUACCUUCAAUGGCGGCCUUGAGAAGUCUAGUGGUAGCGGUAAUUGGGAUCAGUUCGCCGAGAAUGAGAGGCUCUUUGGAUUGAAAACCAAUUACGAUGAGAACUUCUACACUACCGCUAUUGAUAAGAACCACCCAGAAUACAGAGAGAGGAUAGCUGCAGCAGACAGGAAGGCGCGCGAAAUUGAACGCAGUGCGCCCACUACUGCUCACGUGGCUGAGGAACGUAUCAUGGACUACGUCGGCGGAGAUGAUGGGGGUGAUGAAGAGGACAAAUACAGCGGUGUUCGGCGCCAAGACUUCCCGCCUCUGUCCGCUGGGCGUGAGAACAAGUACACUCCGCCAGCCAAGCGGGCACCCGCGGCUCAAUCUAGUGUCAAAGGUGCCCCUAUUGACCCUGCAAUCAUUUCUUCCCAGAUCAAAGCACCACCCAAGAAGCAGGCUCCGCCAGCCCCUGAAGAGUCCAAAGCUCAGUCCUCCGACGCUAUCAAGAACGGAUCAAUGCCGAAAACUGAUGCGCAGAAAGCUCCGGCAGAGGUCAAGGUCACAGAGCCCUCGAUCAAUGACUCAAAGCCUGCUAAUGGCAAAGCGGCCGAGACCAAGUCAAGCGAUACCGCCAAAGUUGCCCCAGCUCCUGGAAGUCAGGCUGCUCCUGCUCCCAGUGCUACUUCCACAGUCGAACACGAUGUGUUAAAAGAAUUCAAGACAUUUGCUAGCCAGCAACGACAGAACGCCGAGAAGGCUAGAAGCAACAAAGCCAAGCAGGACAAAGAGGUCAAGUUGACAGAGUUAAAGAAGUUUGCCAACUCUUUCAAACUCUCAACUCCAGUCCCUACAGAUUUAGUCUCCAUCAUAGCCAAGGAUCCCCUCAAGCAACAAGAAAUCCAGGCCAAGGCUAUCAAAAAUGCCGAAGAGGUGGCCAAGGCCAAGGCUACUGCCGUGACUAAGGAGAAGGUUGCUCCAUCAAAAGACUCCCAGGCUAAAACCUCUGGUCAAGGUGCACCAGCUACGGCUGGUGCAUCUGCUCCUCCCAGUGAUACCCGAGCAGCCCGUGGUCCUGCCGGUGCUCAGCCUACGCCUGCAGCCGGGGGACAACCUCGUCAUCCUGGUGCUCGCCAGCAGUACGCUCAGCAGCCCUAUCAUGGACAGCAGUAUCGAAACAACCGUCCCCAUGUGCCUCCACAACAACAAACCGGCACUCUGGCCCAGCGAUUACGCAAUGUUGAACAACAAAAAUACUCUCAACCUCCUGCAACCCAUCAGGGACACACUCCUAGUCAGGAAACCCGUGCUCCUCCAACAGGGCCAGCUAGUGGUGUCGAAGCUGGCUAUAACCGACGCCUCAGCGGCAACCCCAGCCAUAUGGGUGCAAAGCUGAACCCGAAUAGCCACGAAUUCAGGCCCAGCCCGUUCGCGGCUGCCUUCAAUCCCAAUAGCCACGCCAGUGCAGCCUCGAGUCCUCGAUCUGCUGCUAACAAUGUCAAUUCCUCAGCAAGCAGUGGCGUUUCCGAUGGUCAGCUCAUCCGCCGUAAGACAAAGGCCAUUGAUGUCAAGAAAUGUUAUAUACUCUCUCAUAUCCAGACCUUGACACCCCCUCAAGGGAGAAACUGGGACGAAAACGCCGGCCUGCGCCCUUCCUUCGAUACACUGCCCACCUGGCGGCAGCUCCAAGACAAUGAGAAGCCCGAGUCAACGAUGCAUUUGACUUACAAGGAAUACUUCGAACGCCAGCCAUUUGGCGGUCCUGCGUUGGCUACCCCAAACCCUCAACAUGUUGUUCCUCAGAUUCCACAUCAACAUCAACUACCAUUCCACCUCCAGCAGGGCGCGCACAACAUGGCUCCUAGGGGCUCGCCUCAUAUGCCUCCCAUGCAGAUGCACACACCUCAGCAUGGUCAUGUUCCCCAUCCGCCAUAUGGAAACGACGAUCACCGCAUGAUGCACUCAAACUCGGCUCAGUCUUUUGCUUCACCCCGCCUCAGCAACGUGCCUGUAGCUUACAAUUCUCCGCAAGUACCAUACAACCAGGCAGUAUUCAUGGGACCUGGCACGCCUCAGAUGAAUCAAUUCCGCAAUUUCUCUAAUAAUCAUCAAUAUAUGGCUCCCCAGCAGGGUCAGAUGGGUGGCCCGAUGAUGAUGCCGCAGCAGUUUAUACCUGGACCUCAAGGAAUGGUUCCUGGCCCGCAGAUGAUGUAUCCUGGAGGACACCCGCAAUUCAUGCCCCCUUCUGGACCUCAGCCAGUCCCUGGUAUUAAUGGCUAUCCCAGCCCUGGUCGUCCCGCGGCGCCGAUGAUGGCGCAUCAGGGGUCACAACAAGGACAGCCCAUGUAUGGAAUGAGCCCCAACGUGCAGUACAACCAGCCUGUUUUUAACCCAGGCCAGCAAGGCGGUCCAAUGAGGGGCGGGUAUAGUAGCCCUGUGCCUCAACACUUUGGCACGAGUCCACAGCAGGGCCACCAGUAUGGCGGGCAGCACCGAGGUGGCAGUAACUAUAGCAAGGGAUAUGGCGGCCAAGGAACGCACCAGACGCCCCAAGCUAAUCACGCGGUGCCUGCCGCCAGCCACCCUCGACCUUCAGAGGCUUCAGAGGAAGCCAAAUAAAAUCUGAAACUCAGCAUUGGGUUUCCUCUUCGCCCUCACAUAAAAUAAAGUGCAGCACUUAGCAUGACCUUUCUGGGCGGCAGCCUCACCGAGAUAGACCUUAACGCACUUAUCCCGGAGCCUGAGCUCUUUCAAGACAACAGUGUGUGAAUCAUUGCAUACGAGUUUCAAUAUAGGAAUUUCGUGCGACCUCGCACGACAAAGCUUAGAUGAAAGGGGGCCUAAGCCUCGGAUGGCCUAAGUAUUUGGGCUAGCAAAUACAUCAUUGGGUUAAUGGACGGUGCAGCUCGGUGGAUGGUGUCAGCUGUGGAAGAGAUGAAACGACAUUGAUAUUGUCCAUCUGCUAUCAUGUUGAUUGGAUGGCAAUGGGGUUGGCAAUGCUGUUUGGUUGUAGCUUGGCAACAGUGGACAAAUGGGGCGUCGGAGUGCCCGUCUCUGUUCUCAGUGCUUCCCCGAGCGGACAAGCAUUGAGGAAGCGUAGUCGAACAGGCUGGGCCGGUAGCCUAGUAAACUUGGGUGCGGGGACACCAACACCAAACAUCUGGACUGGCAACCCUCGAAACCUGAGAGGCGACCUGGGCGGUGGUAGGUGAGGCCUAAGGGUGGUUUUCUAUCGCCCAAGUGAGAACGGACGUUUAGUAGGGGAAUGACUCGGUGCAAAUCCGGUUUUAAGCAAAACCCAGAGCUAACUGCAAUGCCACCAUUGAGAGUGUUCCGGUGGUUGCUGAAUAGUUUAUGCCUUCAAAUCUUUGACAGUAUUUGCUAAGAGCAGUGACAAAUGGGGCAGCUAAGGAAUCAGAGUGUGGUCUGGUUGUGAGGAAAGGGGUCGAGCAGUCGAGUUGACAAGAUCAAGCGACGCGACGCAAAGGCAUUCACCCAUCAACCAUUGUCUUACCAUCUACAACGCAGCACAAGUAGCCAGAUGAUAAAAUGAGACAAAGGACUAUGUCCAUGUUGGUUUCACCUGUACAAGCAGCUUGAAGAUGUGUGCGAUAGUGACUGUUUAUUCACCCACCAAGCUGGACAUUAACAACUGUAAUUGUAGAGGGAUACUUUGUAUGCUAGCAAUUGAACGACUUCUCAAUUACAUUGAAUCUUAAGGAC